GUCUUCUCGAAUUUCUACUUGUUCUUUAUGAGAGAUAUGCAUCUCCACGAGGUCUGAUUGACUGGCGAAUUUGAGACUUCCAAUUUCUGUCUUCUGGCCAUUGCUUUCUGCAAUAUGUUUUCGUUAGAUUUUCCGUCUCAGACUAUGAAAUUGGAGAGUAAGAUUGCUGAUGUUUAUGGCGAAGACCAAGUUUACAGUAGAGAAGCCGCCAAAUUCCUGCUCGCCCAGUAGCCGGCUGCAAUUCCCUGGAUACUCGAGUUCCCGGAUAAUCUAUUGAGGAACAGCCUCACUUUGAGUCUGCACGAUCGAGGUCCACGCCAGGCAGAAGAGACUGCGGAAAUGGUACCCGUGCUGGAGGUCCAACUGAUCAUAGAGCGGCAAGAGGGCUGGGAGACAAUACACGAGAGCUACUACCUUCUGGACCGGAUGCUGCUGGGCGAUCUGCUCCUGUCGAACAACUUGGAGCUCAAGACGUAUGCCUUUAGAGAUGGGCCAGAGAAGCCAAAUUCAUACUAUUUUGUGCCGGCUCCUGGUGCCUGGACAGUGCUUUUGGACCCGGAUGAAGGGAUUGGGCCUGGCUACUUGUGGAUUUAAGUGCAUCAACAAAAGUGAGAGGUCGUGAUCUUGGAAUUUUCCCCAAGAACUGGACCAGGAAGCCCACUCGAUAUGCAUCCUGUCCCAGCACCGCCAGAUGUCACUAGCCGGGAAGGGGCAAGCGGCCCUGCAUCAUGGCUCACCCAUCUCUAGGUCUGUGAUGCCAGCAUAAUGGGUCACUUUGCCGAGUAAUCCCAAAGCACCUCGUUGGAUUGCAAUGCAUUCACUGCAACCCUUAGCAAGCAAAUGUCAAGAGCGUGGCUAUGGGAAACUUUUGUGUGGCCAGAAUUUGAGCAAUGCCAUUCCCAGGGCAUUUUAUUGUGGGGAGCGACGGCCGCAUGCACAGCCUGAAAUCAAGUUGGAAAAUGAGGAAGAAGCCUUUACAUAGAGCGUGGAUAUUUGGGUGCAAAAGCACUUGAGCAGUGUGUUGGCGUCAGUGUAAAGUUUACACUGUAAACAUUUAUUAUAAUGAAAAAUUGCUGGCAUUAUCAAAUUUAUUGUCUUGGUCAUCAUUAGAUGGAGGGGAGUCUCCAAGAUCUUGGAGAAUCUGAGACUCCACGUGGAGUGUGCACAGACUCCUCGACAGACUUCUCCGACUGUCGAGGAGUCCACAGGGACUCCUCGACACUGCCUGAAGAGCAACUUGCAAUGGAGCUGAUUCAUACGAUCGUUCUGUCGUAUCAAUAGAACGAUAGUCAUUCAUGUCCUAUGCGAAUGUGAAUACUCCCUAACUGAAUACAUUGCUGUAUUAAUAGCAAUAUAUUCACAGCUGCAUUCUGCUCCAAAUCUGCUGCAAAGUUUGUCUUUGAGUCACGUGCACGUUCGCACCAACAACAUGCAAUGUAACAUAGGAGGCAAACUGCCUACCUGUGUCACGAGGCCCACGUGGACUGGAGGAGGCAGUACCAAUUUUGCAAUCCAGAAAGCAUUCAACAUGUGGCUGUCAACGAAACUGCAGAGAGUUUAUAUGAUCAUCAAAACCACUUUGCAUGCUCUGGUGCACACAAUGGUGCUCGCAGCUCUUAGCAGAGCCUGAGACUCGUUGAGUUGCCUCCAGGCCAUCUGUAGCACCAAGAUAGACUUCUGCUCACCCCCAGCUCUGCCAAAAUUGCAGGAGCAGGCAGGAGUUCAAACAUCAAAAUGAUGGACUGCCCUAAUAAUGUCAAACCCGC